AUGCGCCUAUUUCGAAUAUGGAGGACAUACCAAGUUCCAAGAGGCGCUGAGGACUCCGAGGAGUCGCCGGAAGUGAAACGGCUGUGUGAUGACCUCUUUCUUGAUAUGCUUGAUGAUGAUGUCGACACCGGCGAUAGGGAUCCGAGUGCAGGAUUUGGCCUCCGUGAUGAAGAGUUUAGAGGAGGAAAUCGGGUUGCGGGCGCUAGCGCCUGGCAGUGGAGAAAGCGUACCCGGAUCUUGGGUUUUCUUCUUGGGGCGUCGGAUGAUGAGUUAGGGUUGCCGCCGGCGCCGGUUUCGUCGGAGGAGGAUGGAGAGGAUGUGGAUGUGGUUACUGGUGGUUUGGAGGUGGAGGGUGGUGGUUAUGGAGACCAGAUCUGGGUGUUUGAUGAUGAGAUCUUUGAUGGAGGGUUAGGGUUUGGGAUGAGGAUGGAGGAGAGGGACGUCGCCGGGUCGGUGCCCUAG